GCGCUGCCAAUUAGAAUGGCUCCCGGCACUACGGCUGACGUAAUCGAUCUCGGUCCACUCGCUCGAACGUUGGCGGCCGAAGGCUUGACUGAACGUAGGUUCGACACAAACCCCUCGCACGAGUGUGGUGAGACUAUGACUGGACGUGGAUCACUGCUAUUACACUGCUAAUGCGAUUCACUGGCGAUCAUUGUCUUUGUUUGCCUGAGCGAGCACGACCAACUGUUCACAGGCUCAGGCGGAUGCGAACCUGAGGUUGCGCGACGUUCUGAGCAGAUUGUCACACUAAUUGGAAUCGCCGGUAUCUUGACUGUACCGUCAUGCCAGACAGAGGCAGGAAACGGAAGCUUGAUGUUCAACAUAACUAUGACGAAGCGCAAAAGGGUCUCGAACGUCUAAGCAUCCGAGACAAUAUCGACCCGAAUGCAGCACGAACGUCAAACCCCGUAUUGCCGCCUCCAUCGACGCAAGUCCGCAAACUAGCCAGGCUUCCGGCAAAGAGAAAGGCACCGGCUGCCAGACUUCCACGUCUACCGGAUUACACUCAGGCCCGCACAUCCACACAAGCCCAGACGUUGUCCGACUCAGAGUCUGAAGACGGAUCCGGAUCCGAAGAUGCCAAGUCCGAUGACGAGCUCCCCGAGAGUGGCCCCGCAGAAGACGGCGAUGACCUUGAUAUGCCCUCGAUGGCUAACAUGUCGAUCCGCGACUUCGAGAUCAAUGAGUUCCUUCAGACCGAUCCCUACAAGAUCGUACCGGACCCACCUGUGGAAUUCGAACAACUCUUCGUCAGUGUGUCUGGGAAGGCGGUAUGGCAGGCACUUACACUGGCCCUAUCCAGCGUAUCCUACUCCGGGAAGGUACUGAAGUGCAUGUCGGACAUGACCAUCUGGACGCCGUACGAAGACCUCAGUCGCUGCGUCGUGCUGUACCCCGCCCAGCGCUGGAACUUUGGCACGUCCAGGGCUGAGCCCGCGGAGCGCAAGACAUGCAAGGCGUGGCCGCGCGUCCGCGAGACGCGCGACAUGUGCUUCUCCGCGGGCGGCGCCUGGCACUACUGCGGGACCUACCAGUGCACGGGCAUGUCCAUCAUGCGGCUUGACGAACUGUGCAAGCUCGACAAGUCGAAGAGCAAGACGAUGUUCAACAGCCUCGUGCAGCAGACGCCGCGAGUCCUCGGUGGAGCGAUCCAGCGGUCGAGCAUGCAGACGAUGUCAUCGAUCAUGCAGACGCUGCGCGAUGCGUAUCAGGAUGGGCACUUACUCGUGCGAUGUUACGGGUUCCAGCUGGUCGGACACAAUGACCAAGUGAAGGAGGCAUUUCUAAGGUGUCUGUCGACCGUGAAGCAGAAGAAGGACAAGAAACGCGCGAAGAAGGAGAAGAGCCAGAGCAAAGGCGGCAGGAAGAAGAAGAAACAGCGGUUGUCAUGAGGGUUCGGGAUUGAUUUGUUCUGUGUAUUGUAUGUGUACUAUACGUUUGCGCGUCGUGUUGUAACCUGUACCUGUAAAAUAUGACAGUGAAUCGGAAUCGACUCAGGAACCCUUUUGGGCUCAUA